UUUACAUUAUAUUGCACGCACAGCAAGACCAUGCAAUGUAUACAUUGGUGACCGGAAUAAAGUAGCAAUGUAAUCCAAUGUGCAAGGUCAUUGAAUCGACAAUAAAAUGACCAAAAAUAAAAAAUCUCUUCACGGGCGCAGCCAUUUUGUUGAGAUCGUCAUCCCUGCUCUCGGUCUACUACUUCUUCCGAAAGAUUAAGACAAAAAGGGGGCGUGCCUCCGAGAAAUGCCGCAACAAAGCUGGGAGAUCUUCGACUUUCGACUUGGAAGUCUGGCGUCCGAGGAUUUAACACACCACAAGUAGAGCGGGUCGCUCCCAGUGUUGCCAGAUUGGGCCAGAUUCCUGGCUGCAGUGUGUUGCCAGAUAGGGCAGUAAAUCUGGCUAAAUCUGGCAACACUGAAGGGAGCAGUUUCUGUGUAACAGCUGGACCAGCCAGUGGCUACCCGGCAUCGGGCGAAGAGACACCAGUUGCUUCGAUGUUAUGUUACCCAGAGAUGCCCGAUUAGAAAUAACAGGCGGUGCGUAAUCGGGGCCUUCGGAGAAAGAAGACAGCUGGGCAGAGGAGCACCAUCCCGGCAUUACCUUCGGGACAGAGGGGUCUCCGCAUGAAGCUCCGACCCGGGGGAAUGAGGGGUGUUCUGUCGGCGGCGGAGAUGACGCUGGUGCUGAACGCCGCGGUCGGCUGCGUCAGCCCCUCGAAGAUCUCCCCGGACCGGAGCGUCCUGCAGUGCGAGGGGCUCAACAACCAGAGCUACGUGUGUACGGCGGGACACUGCUGCGCAGAGGACACGUGCUGCAGCUACUACUACGAGCUCUGGUGGUUCUGGCUGGUCUGGGCCAUCAUCUUCAUCCUCUGCUGCUGCUGCGUCUGCCACCACCGCCGCAGCAAACACCGUCUGCAGCAGCAGCAGCGGCAGCACGAGAUCAACCUCAUCGCCUACCGAGAGGCACACAACUACACCGCCGUGCCCUUCUACUUCAGGUUCCUCCCUAACUCCCUCCUGCCCGACUAUGAGGAGGUGGUGAACCGGCCCCCGACCCCCCCCCGCCGCCCUACAGCGCCUUACACACCGUCUCCCCCCCGCUGGCCCCGGGGCCCCUGGGGGGGGAGCCGCAGGAGGCCCCCGCCCCCCCUGGCGGCCCCGCCCCCGGACGGCCCGCAGCCCCGCCCAGGCCUGGAGGAGGCGGGGCCAGGCGGGGGGGGCGGGUUCCUCCCAAGGCGGACGACAAGUCUCCGGGGGCCAUCACGCGGGCGGACGGGGGGGAGGGGGGGGAGGGGGAGGGGCGGGCGGGGGAGGAGGAGAAGAGGCAGCGAGGAGGCGCCGGCGACUCCGGGAAGGAGCCGGGGGGGGCCGGGGGAGAAGCGGCCCCUCCCCGCGGCGGGCCGGCGGCGCCGCUUCACGGGCGACUCGGGGAUCGAGGUGUGCGUGUGCAGCGCCCGGGGGGGGAGGGGGCCGUGGGCGGAGGGGGAGGGGGCGGAGGGGGAGGGGGAGGGGGGGGUGAUGAAGGAGCUGGAGAGCCUGCUGGGCUGCACUGAGGACGAGGAGGAGGCCGGAGGAGGAGGGGGAGGAGGAGAGUUCUGCGAGAGCUGCGGUCCUCGAGCCCACCUCAGGGAGGAGGGGGGGGGGGAGGAGGGGGAGGAGGAGGUGGAGGAGGAGGUGGAGGAGGAGGAGGAGGAGGACCCACCCUGAGCCCCGCCCCACCGCAGCGGUAGCGGGUCCCCACCGCCCUCCAUCCACCAGCAGGAGGCGCUGCCCCGUGGCCCCCAGCCCUAGAGCUGGAGGCGGUAGAAGCUGAACCGUCUCUGGGCAGAGCGGCGGACGUGCCAGAGAGAGGGACGUGGUCCAGUGGUCCAUCGCCAUGUGUGUGUGUGUUUCUUUGUUUUGUCCUCGUCGACGUGAGUCUCGAUCGUACACCCAUCGGUCCGGAGGCCGGACGCACGUCGGAGGUCACCCUGGACCUGAACUAAUCCGGAGAUACCUUUAACCCUUAAGGGGUCCACUGUGGCCUUAAGGGGUCCACUGUGUCCUUAAAGGGUCUACUGUGGCCUUAAGGGGUCCACUGUGGCCUUAAGGGGUCUACUGUGGCCUUAAGGGGUCUACUGUGUCCUUAAGGGGUCUACUGUGGCCUUAAGGGGUCCACUGUGGCCUUAAGGGGUCUACUGUGGCCUUAAGGGGUUCACUGUGGCCUUAAGGGGUCUACUGUGGCCUUAAGGGGUCCACUGUGGCCUUAAUGGGUCCACUGUGGCCUUAAUGGGUCCACUGUGGCCUUAAGGGGUCCACUGUGGCCUUAAGGGGUCCACUGUGGCCUUAACCGUUCUGCUCUCGUCGGGUGCAGUGCCCAGGAGCCGCCAGCAGGGGGCGAUAACCCUGGCCCCCACGGAGCUCCUCCCUCGGCAUCAGCAUGAGGACACGCCCACACGCUCUCACGCUAUUCGCUCUGAGACGACAGAGCCCGCCUCCUGGCUGGCGGGGCAGGGGGGAGGGGCCAGGUGAGAUGAGGUUAAACCACCGAGCCAGAAGAUUGUGCAACAAGUGCAAAGUGUAAUCAACACACAGUGUGUGUUUAUGCAAUUUGAUGGUGUAGCGGACCACCGAGCGGCUGGGGUUCAGAGUGCUCUGUUCAGGGGUCUGAUGAUGAACCAGCCCUGGUCCGUUUGAAGGAGACCCAGUUAGCAUUAGCCUAUGUUACCUUGUCUUUGUGUUUUUGUCUUUUUUUUUACACAGCAUGUAUUUGUUUUUGAAAAAGGACUUAACAAUUUCAGUCAAAUAUGCUAUUCUACCAAGCUUUGAUUUGAGUCUUAAUUUGCAAGGCAUAUUGUCUUUGAUAUGAAUAUGCAGUAAAUGCGAGCUUACUUUAAUACGCUUGCAUAGGGGGUUAAUUGAUCUGUCCAUGAUGAAUGUCGCAGGAACAAUGUCACAGACCAUCGCUGGCUUUAAUCAGUCAACGGAUCCUUGCGUAUUUCCUAAGACUGAAGUGAAUAAUGAAUGAAAAGCUUUUUAGAAUUAGUAUUCAAUAAAACCCAUAUGGCUUGAAGAUGAUCUAUCUGAAAUGUAGCAGCUCUAGAUGUAAUUGAAGCUGCUCUUUUUGACAUGCUAUUUGACAGGUUAUUUUAUAAUGUUGUAUAAGACACUUAAAUGCUUUAUUUGAAUAUGUUGCUUUGGUCUACAAAGCACAGCUAUCUCUCUGUUGAUCAAAUGUUUAGGGCCAGUCACUUGAAAAUGUUAAUCUACACCUUAUGACAGAGUACAUGGGAUACUAUGUAAUGUACAACUUAAUACUUGAUGUGGCUGUUGAAUAUACACAGUAUGGCCUAAACACAUUCUGAAGUGCUUUUCAAAAUAACUUUUUAAGGGUGGAAAAUAAAUAAAUAUAUUCAUUUCUCCUGAAAUUGUGGUACUACAAAUAGAAUAUUUUCAUAUCCGCAAGGUCCCUCGUCGUAAGAAUCACGUAAUCAAUGCCACUCGUGUGUAAUAAUAUUCUGGGACAUGUUAUGGAACUCAAUGGCUUCCACGAAUAGUCAGCACAUACAUGAUGUUUAUAUUACAUGUAAAGAUUUGUAUUUUAUUGUAAUCUCCAAUUGUUGUUUAGGAGCACAUUGUAAUCUCCUGAAUGUUAGUGUUUGAAUUAUACCUGAGUGAUGCUCCUGUCAAUGGUAGAAUGUUUCUGACCCUCGGCCAAAGACUAGUGGUUGUGUCACUAGCGGUAGUGGUUUGUGCACACAUGCUUUGAAUGUGGGGUUGUCCAUAACCCGAUUAUUAAACCUCCACAGUGGAUGUGUGUCUAAUAAACAUCUCUUCAAAUACUGUGAA